AUGCCGGAGAUCAACAAAGUCAAGGAGCAGUGCGAGAACACCUACGCCCGGUCUUCCAAAGCUGCUGAUGACAGCUGCGUUGAAGACGACGCAUGGGAGUUGAGGAAAAUGCUGAGGUUUAUAAAGCGAAAGGCGAAUCGCCAGGAAGACACAGACUUUCACGAACUGCUCCUGAUUAUCGCCCCGCAUCUGGAGGCCGGGGAGAGAAUCAAGGAGGUGAUGGCAAAGGCCAAGAGCCAGAACAUCUCGGAUGAGGACAGGCCCUGCAGCCCCGUCUCCUGCAACAUCAGCAGCUUCGCUUGUGAGGAAGUGAAGUCCCAAAUGCUUUACCGGCGUGUCAAGAUCUUGGAGGAACUCUUGCAAAAGAAGAAUGCGUUGUUGUUGAUUCAGAGCAAACAGUCGGUCAAGCCCGGAACCCCUCCCAGUGUCGCCGAUGGUCCGAAGCUGAACCCUUCAGGAGCCCCUGGUCCUAUCAGUCCAGAUGAUGUGGACACUCAGCCCAUGUUGGAGACUCCAGUGGUCCCCCCAGAACCUUCACCACCAAAGGCUCCCAGCUUUGAAGAGCCCAGUGUGAAAAGGCAAAAGUAUCAGCGAGGGAGGGGAAAGUCUCCCACGAUUGAACUUCAUCCGGAGGUGGCAUCCGGGGGAUCUACACCUGUGCCCCCUCAACCCAUCGAGCCUGAAGUUGAAAUCGAGAAGCCAAAGACUGAGGAAGUGGUGACUCGUCGGGAUCAGCUAGCUUCUAAGGCAAAGAAGAAGGAGGAUGAACCCAGAGGUGAAGAUGAAUGUGAUGAUGAUGAAGAGAUGGAAGGUGAGGAUGGUGAGGGGUGUGAAAAUGGAGAGAAGGGUGAAGUGGAUCCUCCUUCUGCGAAGGCCAAGGCUUCCAGUGAGCCCAAGACUUCCCGUGCAUCUUCUCCCAAGGACAAGAAGGAGCCCAAGACUUCCCGUGCAUCUUCUUCCAAAGCCAAGAAGGAGCCCAAGGCUGUUUCUUCUUCAAAAGCCAAGAAGGAGCCCAAGACUUCCCGUGUUUCAGAGGACAAGGGGACUGUGAAGGCUUGCUCCGAAGGUGAUGGGGGAGAGCCCAUGGAAUCUAACAAGAGCAAGCCGAAGAUGAAAGCGAACAAGAAGAGAACUAUUUCUGAGAAUGGUUCCAGCAGACCUGCGUCCAGGCCACGCAGGAGCCGAUCCGUGCCGUCCAGGGACGGGAAUUUGCAGAAGGAGAUCAAAGAAAUCCAGUCUUUUACGGAGGCCUUGGAUUACCACAACCUGGAGUUCGAUGAUUUGAAGUUCUACAUCAAGGAAGCUGUGACCCAACAGUUUGAAUUCAAGAUCACGCAGCUCAACAUCUACUGGAAGACUGCUCGCUGUGGAAUCAGGAUGUAUCGAGCCGAUGGAAAGUCCACUGAUCCCUUCUCUUUCACAUUCCCAUCAGAUUCAGGAGGGCAUCUCUUGAGGCCAAGUGCAUCGAGGAUGCUGGGUACAUGGUGGAAUCUUAUGAUGACCUGGACAACAUGAACCGACUGGCCAUCGACUACUGGAGUGCUG